AUGUACCAGCACUUGGUCUUCUGUGUUCUUUUGCUCAUCUCUUUGAUUGAUUUAAGCACGGCAGCUCGCAGUAGUCCCCCUGACAAUGUUUUGGAAUGGGUUCAAAACGAUGAUCGCCGUUUUCUGCGUGCCAAUAUAAGAGUUGGUGAUCUUGAUCGAACCAUUAAGUUCUACACCGAGUUUCUUGGGAUGAAAAUUUUGAGCAGAAAAGAGUUUCCAGAAGCAAAUUUCUCAACCGCAGUCAUUGGGUUCGGAUCUGAAGAUACUCAAUUUAUUCUGGGGCUCACUCAAUACCGUAUGUUCGACACUGCAGUUGGCAAAUUAGAGCUCGGGACAGCUUUCAGUCAUUUCGGAAUUACAACUCAAGAUAUUUACACAAUGGUUGAAAAAAUUCGAGCCGCUGGAGGGGUGAUUACUCGUGAACCAGGGCCAGUCACACCUGGCGGAACUACCAUCUACGCAUUUGUGAAUGAUCCCGAUGGCUACAGUUUCGAGCUCCUUCUCCGACCGCCUACUCCAGAACCGCUUAAUCAUAUGUGCUUAAAUGUGGUUGACAUUGAUCGUUCUAUUGACUUCUACGAAAGGGCCUUGGGAAUGAAAUUGCUUCUGCCAACGUUCAACAAUACUGAAGAGCAGUACACUGUAGCUAUGGUCGGUUAUGGAACCAACUAUACUCAGACGGUCGUCAUCGAGCUGAAAUAUAACUUUAAUGUGACAGAGUAUACCAAAGGAAAUGGAUAUGCACAGGUUGCUAUUGGCACUGAUGAUGUAUACAAAAGUAGUGCUGCAGCUGUUAAACAGGUUGUACAGGAACUUGGUGGCAAAAUAAUUCGACCACCAGGUCCAAUUCCAUUUCUCGGGUCCAAAAUCACUGCAUUCCUUGAUUCAGAUGGCUUUGAAACGGUGUUGGUGGACAAUGAUGACUAUGCUAAAUAUCUGAAGAAAGAUUGAUGAUCGAACCAAAAUGCCCCUCUUGCAGUCAUUUUAGGUCUCUUGCUAGCUUAUGCACCUAAUGACAUCGUUCGAUUUCUUUAAUUCUCCCUUACCAAAAUAAAAGGAAAAAUCAAAAGUCAUUGUCCAUCAUUGGCUUCUAGAUUUGCACUCCUUAAAUUAUAUGCAGUUUCAAUUUACAUCUCUUCAUUUAUACCAUAUGGUGCUGUAUGUAUAUCGAUUACAUUAUUGUAUCAAAGAGUGGUUAGAUACAUGCCGAUAUGAACUUCACUAGCUCAAUCUCAAAUUCGAAGUUCCAAAAUGUAUAAUUUUACAUCAAUAACACAUAGUAUAUACAAGUACUGGAGAAGAA